AUGAGGAUCGGCGCGCAUGUCCUCUCGUGCGUUACUCACGAUCAGAACGGAAAGCCUUACUGGACUCGUGUUCUUCUCACUUACGACAACUAUGGCAACGUUCAAGAAUACCAUGAGCCCUUUGAUGGGCGUGCUGAAUGGUCUGAUCAUCCCUUGGAAGCGCUCAACCAACUGCAUCUGAGAGUGGCUGGGUUCGUCACCAAGAGAUUGACUCAUGACUGUUAUCCUCGCCUGAGAACUUUGGCCCAGCAGCGCUAUGAUGAGGAAGUUGAACACGGUUCUCCAAGCACAAGCAUUCACCAUACCGAAGAACGCCAUGGUCCGCGACCCGCUACUUCUUCGUCUGCUUCGCAGCCCCCAUCAGAAUACCUCAAGUCGCAACUCUCGGAACCCCAAUCAUACCAAACUCAAGAAUCGACUCAAGCUCGACGUUCUCGAAUCUCCGAUGAGACGUUGUCUUCCGGUACCAGGAACGAACUUCGCAAGACGCAAGGACUUGAGCAUGAACGAACAGUCAAUCCUCAGAAGCUGGGUCCUGCCCAUUUCCCUCAACCUUCUCCCGCGCUGGGUGCGGAGGCCUGGUCGUCCGAAGACACAAACCCGCACACCAAAUCUCCCAGAACUUCCAAGGACCCCGUCAAUUUGGACCCGCUACUCUUCCGAGAAGACGAAGCAUUGGCUCAGCUUGAUCGUAUCCACUCAACACGCAGACACUUCCCUAAUGCUGGACUGGCUGUGAAAUCUUCGGUCCCAGAGAAGACAAAGCCGACACACCAAACCUCUCAUGUCAAUGCUUUCUCAAUCCCUCGCACUCAAGAAUCCAGCCACAGCAACUCCGCGUAA